AUGUUUCCUGUACCUUUUCGUCGUCCUCGUCAUCGUCAUUACCGUCAACAACAUCGACGACUGCAACAACAGCACCAACCUAUUAUUAUCCAACAUCAUAUUUUCAUCAUUAUCCUCCUCAACAACAAUCCAACUCCUCCUCCUCCUCCUCUUGCUGUUCAAACACCAUCCGUGAUACGUAAUCAAGUUAAUCGUCGACGUUUGCUUCAACAACAACGGCAACGACGUCGAUUACAACGACAACAACAACAACAACAACAACAACAACAACAACAGCAACAACAACAACAACAACAACAACAACAACUACAACAACUACAACAACAAGCACAACAACAAUAUCAGGUCUUCUUCGUGGCUGGCUCGUUACGAGGUGGUGGUAGUGGUAUGGUCCUCGUAACGAGUGACAGUCCAAUUACUGUCAACAUGAUUCCGUUCUCGUCGUCUGGUUCUGCUGCUCCAGCACCAACAACACUUCAACGACAAUGGCCUGAUCAUCCUGAUUAUACACAAUUUGACAUUAAUAACAUUUAA